AUGGGCCGGAAAAAAAUCCAGAUCAGCCGCAUUUUGGAUCAGCGGAACCGGCAGGUGACCUUCACCAAGCGGAAAUUCGGGCUGAUGAAGAAGGCGUACGAGCUGAGCGUGCUGUGCGACUGCGAGAUCGCCCUGAUCAUCUUCAACAGCACCAACCGCCUGUUCCAGUACGCCAGCACCGACAUGGACAAGGUGCUGCUCAAGUACACCGAGUACAGCGAGCCCCACGAGAGCCGCACCAACUCCGACAUCCUCGAGACGCUGAAACGCAAAGGGCUGGGGCUGGAGAGCCACGAGCUGGAGCUGGAGGAGGGGCCGGAGCCCCCCGGGGACAGGGGGAGAAGGAUCGGGGAGGGAGUGGAUCUGUCGCUGGCGCGGCCCCGGUUUUAUAGCCCGGUGCCUCUGCCCGAGGCCGCCUAUGGCAGCUCGCCCCCGGGCACCGACAGCUCCCUGGGCAGUGCCAGCAGCUCCCCGCAGGCCCAGGGCCGCUCUCCUGCCUUCAGACCCGCGCCUCCAAAGCCACCAGGACGGUCCCCAGGGCCACUGCCCCCAGCCACAUCCAGGCGCUGCCUCGACGUGUCACCUCCUGUCGCAGCCCAGGUGGCCCAUGGAGGAAGUGGCUUUGCCGGAGCGCGGCACCGUGCAGGCACACACGGCUGCCCACGGCUCCGGGGCCACCGCGGCCACCGCGGCCGUCGCCACGGGGAACCCCCCGAGCAUCAUCCGUGCGUCCUCCUGUCCGUCUGUCCCCCAGGUCUCAGCUACCCCCUGUUCCCUGCCGCCAGCCUGAGCCGCGCCCUGGCCACCAAGACGCCGCCGCCGCUGUUCCUGGGGGCCGAGGGGCGGCGUGGCGAGUCCCAGGGCAGCGUGGCGAGCGGCCGGAGCGGUGGCAGCGCAGCGCGGCCGCUGUACCCCGCCCUGCAGACCCUGAGCCCCGUGCUCAGCCCGGGCAGCUCCGGCCUCCCGAGCCACGGCCUCGCCGGCUUCCCCUUCCUCAGCCCGGCCCAAGCGGAUUUUGGGGCUGGCGAGGUCCCGCCGCCCCCCGGCUUCCUGCAGCCCCCGGCGUGGGGGAACGCCCGGGACAUGGCAGCGCUGGGGGCCAGCAGCCGGAUCGUCCCCGCGGAGGAGCCGCCCGCUGUCCCCGGCGCGUCCCCGCAGCACCAGGCCAUCAGCAUCAAAUCGGAGCGGGUGUCACCGGGGCUGGGUUGUCCCCCGGGCACCCCCCAGCCCUCCCUGACCAGCCUGGCGUCCCUCAGCGAAGCCCCCCGAGCCCCCGGAGACCUCCAGCCCCGCGAUGACUUCGCCAAGGGCUUCCCUCCCUACGCGCUGGGGCCACCGCGGCCGCUGCCGGACGAGCAGAGGGUCCCUGUCCCCAUGAGGAGGGGACAGCCCGUGGACGUUUGGCAGAGAUAG